AUGUAUUUCUUUAUUUGCAUCCUUUCCUCAAUUGACUUCAUCCUCUCCAACAAUAUGCUUCCUGAGGUCUUGAUCAACUGCUUCCUUUACAGGCCCACAAUCUCCUUCCACAGAUGUCUGGUCCAGAUGUACGUUGGUCUAUUUCUUGUCUCCACAGAAUGCACUAUUCUGGCCAUCAUGGCAUAUGACCGCUUUGCAGCUAUAUGCCAGCCCCUUCGCUACAUGCAGAUCAUGAACUGGAAGCUUUGCAUAUGUCUGAUGGCUGCAUCCAUGACUUUCUCUUUUGUAAUAACCCUGAUCACAGCGUUGUUGCAGCCAACUGACUUCUGCGGACACAACAUCAUUAACCAUUUUGCAUGCGAGCUACAAUCGUUCCUCAAACUGGCCUGCUCUGACACACGUACUAGUGAGCUCUUCAUGCACAUCUCUAGCCUCUUUCUCCUAAUACCACCCUUUGGCUUCAUUGUUCUGACAUACGGGCGCAUAGGCUCAGCGGUCCUGCGCAUUCGCUCAACGCAGGGUCGCAAGAAAGCCUUUUCCACCUGUAGUUCUCACAUUGCUGUGGUCAGUGCCUUUUACGGUACCAUCAUGAUCAUGUACGUGAAGCCCCAAGCAAAAUCUUCAGAUCAAGAUAAGAUCAUAGCUUUAACAUAUGGUGUCUUCACUCCCAUGCUCAACCCGCUGAUCUACAGCUUGAGAAACAGGGAUGUGAAGGGAGCCUUCUGGAGAGUGUUUGGAAAUGAAAGGUCAGAAUAA